AUGGAUGACUUGAACACAAUAGUGGAGCCAAUAAAUACUCUUUAAAAAAUAACAUUUGGAGAGAAGUUUGCUGAAUAUUAGGUAUUAAGAUGUAAUCAUCCUGGGUUUUUGCCAUUGAUAAUAUAAAUAGAAGCAUUAAUUACAGGUGGAUGUUAAAUGUGGUUCAAAAUGUACUUGCAUUAAGAAAUCUUGGUAGGACAUUUAAGAGACUUUUUAAGAAAGAUGUUACAAAAUAGAUUUGCAAACAUUGCACAAUAUAAGGACAACAUUGCACUUGUAGUUAGUGAUUUCAUAAUUAUCAAAUGUAUGGAAUAUCUAUAACUUAUUAAAAGUCGAUGUACCUUUAAAUGAAAUAUAUUAAAAGAAGGCAGAAAAAGAUGGUUGGUUAUAUAUUACAAUUGCAUAUGAUUACUAAAAAUGACAUUAUACAUACUAAUAAUUAUAUGAAUUAAGACAUUUAUAUCAAAAAACAAUGGUUCAUAAAAAGUCGAGAAGGGAAGGUCGAAGAUUAUUAUAUUUUAGACAAUAAAGUUUAAUUACAAUAUCAUCUAUUUAGGAACUCUCUUCUGGUUCAUUUGGAAAGGUCUAUUAAGCCAAACCUAAACUCUUGAAAAAUGAUCCAAUGAGAGCUGUAAAAGUGAUACCAAAAAGACUAAUUGAAAAUAAGGAUAGAUUCCUUUAAGAAGUAGAAAUUCUUAGAAAUCUUGAUCAUCCAAAUAUUAUCAAACUAUAUGAAACUUUUGAAGAUGUUCGGAAUAUUUAUUUAGUCAUGGAGUAUAUUUGUUGAUUUUAAAUUAUUUAGACUUUGUACUGGUGGUGAAUUAUUCGAUUAAAUUGUUACUCAUGGUUAAUUAAGUGAAAAGGAUGCACAAUAAGUGUUCAUAUAAAUAAUGAGAGCCAUUUCUUAUUGUCAUAGUAAAGGUAUUGCUCAUAGAGAUUUAAAACCUGAAAAUUUCAUAUAUUAUGAUGAUAAACCAGGAAGUUUAUUGAAAGUAAUUGAUUUUGGAUUAUCUCGUGUAUUCAGAUAAUCAGGUUAAUAAGAGAAAUAAAUGAUGAAGAGUAGAACUGGCUCAGUAAUCAUUAAAUUUUAUAAUAGGUUUAUUAUAUAAGUCCAGAAGUUUUGGAUGGUUAAUAUGAUGAAUUAUGUGAUAUAUGGUCAGCUGGAGUCAUUCUCUAUAUUUUACUUACAGGAAUCCCACCUUUUAAUGGAAAUAGUGAUGGAGAAAUUGUUAAAUAAAUUAAAGCAGGAAAAUUGAAUUUAAAUUUAUCUGAAUUAUAGGUUGUUUCUGAAAGUGCUAAAGAUCUUAUUUAGAAAAUGAUUUGUAAACAUUCUUAAAGAUUAAAUUCUCAAUAAGUAUUAUAGCAUGAAUGGUUACAAAAUCUAAAUUAAAAUGAUUCUAAAUUAAGUCUUAAUUUUGAUUCAUUAAAGUAAUUCACUUAACAAAGUAAAUUAAAAAAAGUAUAAAAUAAUUAUUAAUUUUAUAGAUUGUGCUUGCUUAAAUUGCAUCUUAAGUAAGUUUAAAUGAAAUUGGAGAACUUAGUAAAUUAUUUUAAACUUUAGAUAAAGAUGGUAAUGGAUAAUUGAGUUUUGAAGAAUUUAAGAAUGGAUUUAAAGAAAAGAAAAAUGAUCUAUUGCAAUAUUUUGAAGCUAUUGAUACUGAUUCAUCAGGAUCAAUUGAUUAUAAUGGUUUUUAUAAUUGAUUUUUUAUUACUAUAGAAUUCAUAGCAGCCAUGAUGGAGAGGACAUUCUAUUUAAAAUAAGAUAAAUUAUUAUAAGCCUUUUAAACAUUUGAUUUAGAUAAUGAUGGAAAAAUAACUGCAUUAGAAUUAAAAAAAGUGCUUGGAGGUAAUAAAUAUAUAAAUAUUAUUAAUAUAUAGAUAAUGAUUAUUAUAAUAAGAUUGAUUCUAAAUUUUGGGAAUCCUUAGUGAAAGAUGGAGAUUUUGAUGAAGAUGGUAAAAUUGACUAUUUAGAAUUUGUUGAAAUGAUGAGUGAUUUAUGA